GCCGAAGCUAGCUUCGGGCUUGCUCCAAAACAAACCCAAAAUUACAGCCCAGGGCUGGUCCCAUUACAACAUAGCGGCGGGAGCUACAACUAUGAACAAAAUGGAUUGACCAAGCCCAUUAUUGGUGCCGAUGUUAAAAACAUUAAACAAAAACAUUUCACAGAACAAGAAGGGGAAAAUGCGGUUGCAUCAAAUGUGACAUCUGUGGAAGUGCCGAGUCUACCAAUUAAUUGGUGGGCCGGAGAAGAUCACUACAACUUUGAAGCAUUCGAUCUUAUCAACGGGGUAUGGCCUAUUGGACACCCGUUGUCGUUACCGGAUUGGGCUGAUCAUAAACCGAAACCAUACGUUUUUGAAAAUAUUUGGCAAUAUGAAGAUUUAAACGGAUUGAUUGAGGCCAAAAUUCAUCGUUUACUCGAGGAGAACAAGUACGACACCGUAAAUGUUUUCCUCGAUUUCUACAAGGCAUUCAAAAAGACACGUCGCUUGGACUUGAAAUCAUUCUUCCAAUUCUACGAUAUCCCGAUUAAUCGCCGCCACCAUAUGUGCGUAAGUUUCGCCAUGGAGAUCAUCACGCGACUUGUUGACGCGUUCCCGGAACUCGCCCAGCAUUUGUACAUCGUGUCCUGUGAGGAGGCCGUUGAAUCUGUAAAAAGAUACAUCGACUAUCUCAACGAAGUUGGCAUGAAAUCAGAGGAAGCGGGAACAGAAUUGGAACACGCUUUAGUGGCUAUGAAUUUCGACAUCAAUGGACGAGCCGGUACAAUGAUAAUUGACCCUGGAUACCACGUCGCCCGAGCAGUGACUGUUAUGAAGGACCAACACUAUCCUCAUACCGGCUGGUUCACUCAAUGCGAUGAGAAGCACGUGAAGCGUGAAUAUUGCUACAGCUUCUCGCCGGAAAGUCAAUCAUACAUUGAAUGGUCUGAGCGAGAAACUCGCGGCGAUAAAGUCAAGUUCCAGCAGUCACUCAUCUACGUGGAGCAUCCAUACCGUACUGCCGUCGACGUGACAGUGCGUAGAAACCUGGUCUAUGAUUUCCGAUCGCUACUGUCAACCGACGCCAAAGGACGUGUCUACGCCGGAAUUUACUUCCCAAUAACAGCAAACGUAAACGAUGCCCAAUUCACAAUAUUCUACGAUGGCCCCAACGAUACAAGCGUCAAAGUCAAAUUACUCUUCAGCGUAUUCAAAAAUGCUAUAAAGAUCCCCGACACCGUCAAGUCACAUGUUGAACAAGCCGCCCCUCAAAUGAAAUUGGAGUACGAGGAACUUCUGGGCCUUAUAAAAUCCCUCGCCGAGGUCGUUUCUGAUCAGGGUUUUAUUAGCCAGGUUCUCGCCAUCAACGAGCAGAUCGGUGAAAUGUCAGCUUAAUAAAAAACGUUUAAAGAUUUUCCAUUAAUCCUUAGCUCCCCUUCAACAAAUUAUUCAAAUAUAUUUUGCUUAGUUAUUAUAAUUAGUAUAAUUUUGGUUAAUAUGCUCCAAAGGCUUCAUCAAAUUUUCAGUUAGGAAUGAAACGAAAACGAGUCCUUAUUUUUGAUUAUUGAACCACGCUUUUUAUUACUUUCGUCCCAUAUUUGGUAGUUUCUCAUGAGAACGGGUAAAGUGUAAGACAAUUCAUCUGCAGAAGUGGUUGUAGUUUCGAGUGGGAACGCUCCUGGGUAGUAUGCGCGGCAUGUACGCAUCACAAGAUGGAUUUGCCGUGCAGCGCUCUAGAGACGUUCUGCACGCUUCCAUUCACCACCAUUAGAAGUAAUUCUUAGGAUUAUCCUUCGUAAUUUCACUUUGGUUUCCCGGGAACAAGUUUUAGUUUAGCUUAAAUUCUUUUCCAUGUAAUUUGUAUAUCUCUAGCAUUGAUGAAGCAACUUGUCUAUUUCACCUACUACUAUUAAACUAAAGAUACAAUAUCACAAUUAUUCACGUGAGUAAAGGUUCUGAUGAGAUAUUUUCGUUAGGUGAUAGUAUUAUAUUCAGUAUAAAUCCUGUCUACAUUAUUCCCAAGAGAAGAAAUUAUAAUUUGAGAAAUGAGUAAAGGAGAACUUAAAGCAA